CUUAUACUUUUGUUCAUCAGUGAUAUUCUAAAGUGUAAAAAUGGGUAUUUCUAGAGAUUCACGUCACAAGAGAUCUGCUACUGGUGCCAAGAGAGCCCAGUUCAGAAAGAAGAGAAAGUUCGAAUUAGGUAGACAAUCUGCCAACACCAAGAUUGGUGCUAAGAGAAUUCACUCCGUCAGAACUAGAGGUGGUAACCAAAAGUUCAGAGCUUUGAGAGUUGAAACCGGUAACUUCUCCUGGGGUUCUGAAGGUGUUUCCAGAAAGACCAGAAUUGCCACUGUCGUCUACCACCCAUCUAACAACGAAUUGGUCAGAACCAACACCUUGACUAAGGCUGCUAUUGUCCAAAUCGAUGCCACUCCAUUCAGACAAUGGUACGAAAACCACUACGGUUCUACCUUAGGUAAGAAGAAGAACCAACCUGCUGCUACCGAAGAAGAAGUCAAGAGAUCUAGAAAGGUCGAAAGAAAGUUGGCUUCCAGAGCCGGUCAAGCUGCUAUUGAAUCUGCUGUUGACGCCCAAUUCGGUUCCGGUAAGUUGUACGCUGCCAUCUCUUCCAGACCAGGUCAAUCUGGUAGAUGUGAUGGUUACAUCUUGGAAGGUGAAGAAUUGGCCUUCUACUUGAGAAGAUUGACUGCUAAGAAGUAAACAGCUUAGAUAUAAACCUUCCUUCAUAUACAUGUACCAUCAAUAAAAAGAAUCAUCCGCUCCAUUUCUCUAUGUCUAAAUAUUAAUAUAACAUUUUUACAUUAUUUAAAUAGAAAGGGGUGGAUGAAGGGUUAGUAUUCUUAGUUACUUCAAUAAUAUAACGUGUAAAUU